UAUUUUGUUCUAGAUCAAGCACGUCAUGUAGUGAGUUUCACAAUUUUGUUUCCACAGGUCCUUUUGAAAGGGAAAAUUGAUGCGUUCUGUGGAGGCUCCAUCAUCAAUGAAAAAUGGGUGGUAACUGCAGCCCACUGUAUUAAUCCGGAUGUUGAAAUUAUUGUCGUUGCAGGUGAACAUAACACCGAGGAGACGGAACAUACAGAGCAAAAGCGAAACGUGAUUCGCACUAUUCUUCACCACAGCUACAAUGCAUCUGUUAAUAAGUACAGCCAUGACAUUGCCCUUCUGGAACUGGACGAGCCCUUAACGCUAAACAGCUACGUAACACCUAUUUGCGUUGCUGACAGGGAAUACACGAACACCUUCCUCAAAUUUGGAUAUGGCUACGUGAGUGGCUGGGGGAAAGUCUUCAACAGAGGGCGACCGGCUACAAUUCUUCAGUACCUUAAAGUCCCCCUUGUUGACCGAGCCACAUGCCUUAGGUCCACCAAGUUCACCAUCUAUAAUAACAUGUUCUGUGCUGGCUUCCAUGAGGGAGGUAAAGAUUCGUGCCAGGGAGAUAGCGGGGGACCCCAUGUUACCGAAGUGGAAGGCAUUAAUUUCUUAACUGGAAUUAUUAGCUGGGGUGAAGAGUGUGCAAUGAAAGGAAAAUAUGGAAUAUAUACCAAGGUGUCCCGGUAUGUCAACUGGAUUAAAGAAAAGACAAAACUCACUUAAAGUAAAAUGUAUUUCCAAGGUUGACAUAUUGGGGGUUGAAAAUGGUCAGGGUCCUUUACUAACGAAUCACUUUCCUAUCUCUUUAGAUUUGACUAUAUACAUUCUAUGACUACUGCUCUCUCUCUUUAUGGGGAGAAAUCUAUCUAGAAUUCCUAUUUUACUGGAGUAAGUCAAUUAGAAAAUGUAAUCACUAGGGGGACCUGGGCGGCUCAGUCGGUUAAGCCUCCGACUCCGGCUCAGGUCAUGAUCUCAUGGUUCACAAGUUCAAGACCUGUGUUGGGCUGCAUGCUGACAGCUCA